CAGACUGAUACGUUGAUAGGGGGAGAGGGUAAAGAGCGAGAAGAAGUGAGAAAUGGCGAUUGUUCUCAGUGUUUCGUCUUCUUCAUUGAUGCUAUCUUCUUCCUCACCAUCAACAUCUUGUUCUUUGCCGCCAAACCCGUUUCUGAGUUCGCUGAAGAAGAGCACUCCCUUUUUUGGCAUCGCACUGGCAUCUUCAAGACCUUCUGUACGCCCUGCAUUUUCCUUCAGUACUGCCUCCAAUCGCAAUUUCCAGGCUGUGCGUAGCAAGGCUGAGGCCGUCGUUCAUAUUCCUCUUGAUCAACGAUGGAUGUUCGAAGAGUCUGAAGUCAAUGGCCCCGACAUAUGGAAUACCACUUGGUAUCCGAAAGCAGCAGAUCAUAUCAACACGGAGAAGCCAUGGUACAUUGUGGACGCAACAGACAAAAUUCUGGGGAGACUGGCAUCAACAAUUGCCAUUCAUAUCCGUGGAAAGAAUUUGGCGACUUUCACUCCUAGUGUGGACAUGGGGGCCUUUGUAAUUGUGGUUAAUGCAGACAAGGUAGCUGUAUCUGGGAAGAAGAGAACACAAAAGCUCUAUAGGAGGCAUUCGGGAAGACCUGGGGGUAUGAAAGUGGAAACAUUCCAACAGCUGCAGCAGAGAAUUCCUGAAAGAAUUAUUGAACAUGCUGUUCGUGGCAUGCUUCCUAAAGGGAGGCUUGGCAGACAACUGUUCAACCACCUCAAGGUUUACAAGGGCCCAGAGCAUCCACAUGAAGCACAAAAACCCAUUGAGCUCCCCAUAAGAGACAAGAGGAUACAAAAGCAGACAUAGACAUGAAACAGAUUGUAGCUUCAGACUUGGUCAGCAAUCAUCCUUCCUGUCCAGGACUCGUAUCUUCUCGCAUUUUUGUUUCUCCAGUACGGCUUUCGUGCUUUGGGUUAGCAUUCUAAAAGCCCUUUUUUUCUCAUCCCUAAGAUUGUUACUUUCUCUCCCGUGUGUAGUAUAUCUGGAACAAGCAAUCUUGAAAAAAACACAACUUGAUUGGAUGGUUUUACUUAUGCCCUCCCUAGUCUAGGGAGAAAACAGUAAGUUUGUUCUGUUUCCCUGGUAAAGAAAGAUCUGUUUGUUCUGUUUUGAGCGUAAUUACAUUGUUAA